AAAAAAAAAAAUUCAAAGACACUCUGGGUUUCCCUCUACAACCUCACCCACCUGAACUCAUCUUCAACCGACAAAGCCGACACGGAUUCACCAACCGAAAACCCACCACCACACCACUCUCACAAGCCCCCCGAUUUUUCGUUGCUUUCAGCUUCAAAUGAAGAUGAAAGCCUACUCUCUGGAUCCAAGAAGAUGGCUAAUGCCAUUAAUCAUACUCGCCGUACCCUCUCUCUUACUUAUUCUUACGAUUGCCUACUCUAAAUCACCUAUCCUCGCUGGUCAUUCUUCGAAUCAACCGAAAUCUAGCUUUACUCAUCGGAAUUUCGGUGCCCAAUUUGGGCUUCCGAAACUGCCGAGAUUCGCGUACUUGAUUUCCGGCACCAAAGGCGACAAUGCUCGAGUGAAGCGACUUCUUCAGGCGGUGUAUCAUCCGAGAAAUUAUUAUCUGCUGCAUCUCGAUCUUGAAGCAUCGGAUGCUGAGAGGCUGGAGCUUGCGAAGUAUGUGAAAUCGGAGGGUGUGAUUGGGGUGUUUGGGAAUGUGAUGGUGAUUGGUAAGGCCGAUUUAGUGACUUAUAAAGGACCAACUAUGAUUGCUAGCACGCUUCAUGCGAUUGCGAUUUUGUUGAAGCAGGCCGGCGAUUGGGAUUGGUUUGUUAAUUUGAGCGCGUCGGAUUAUCCUCUAACGCGUCAAGAUGAUAUCUUGCAUAUUUUCUCAUACUUGCCUAGGGAUCUGAAUUUCCUUGAGCACACAAGUACUAUUGGUUGGAAAGAGCAUCAAAGAGCAAGGCCUAUAAUUAUAGAUCCAGGAUUAUAUCAUUCUAAGAAAUCCGGUGUAUUUUGGGCCAAGGAGAAAAGGUCCUUGCCUGCUUCUUUCAAGCUAUUUAUGGGAUCUGAAUGGGUUGUGCUGACAAGGUCAUUCCUUGAAUUCUGUGUUUGGGGAUGGGAUAAUCUUCCCCGCACUCUCCUCAUGUAUUAUACAAAUUUCUUGUCAUCUCCAGAGGGUUACUUCCAUACUGUAGUAUGCAACCACAAGGAUUAUCAAAAUACUACCGUAAAUCAUGACUUGCAUUACAUAAAGUGGGAUAACCCUCCAAAGCACCGUCCAAUAUCACUAGCUUUGGAGCAUUUUGAAGACAUGGUUGAAAGUGGUGCCCCUUUUGCUCGAGAAUUUGCUAAGGAUGAUCCAGUUCUCAACAAAAUUGAUGAAAAACUCUUGAGGAGAUCAGUUGGAAGGUUUACUCCAGGGGGUUGGUGUGUGGGAACUACUAUAUUAGGCAAAGAUCCUUGUGUUGCCUAUGGGAGUCCAAAUGCUGUCAAACCAACUGUAAGUUCUAAGCGGCUUGAAAAACUAAUAUUGGCACUUCUUGAUUCUGAAACUUUUAGAUCUAAACAGUGUAAAUAAUUCUUGUAAAAGCUUGAUUCUUCCUAUAUGCAUAAAUGCUUUAUUAGUCC